UAGCGAUGUACACUGGGGGAGUAGAGGUGUCAGUGUAAGGAGUAUGAGCAUCCUCACAGAGGACGUCUGCUGGCAAUUUUUUCCUCUUAACCUGAAGCUUUGGGAUUCUGUCCCUCUAUCCUUAACCUGAUUUCCAAAAUGUCUGACUUUGAAGACUUCACCAAGCCAGCAGGGCAGGCUAACGUUUCAGAAAGCUACCAGCUGAACCCCACCAGCAUCAUUGUGUCGGUGGUCUUCUCCCUUAUCUUUCUCCUAGGGACAGUGGGAAACAGCUUGGUGCUGGCCGUGCUUCUCCGCAGCGGCCAGGUGGGGUACAACACCACCAACCUGUUUAUUCUCAACCUGAGCAUGGCCGACUUCUUCUUCAUCAUCUUCUGCGUCCCUUUUCAAGCCACCAUCUACUCCCUGGAAGGCUGGGUGUUUGGCUCCUUUAUGUGCAAAGUGGUCCACUUCUUCAUCAACCUGACCAUGUACGCCAGCAGCUUCACGCUCGCCGCCGUCUCUGUCGACCGAUACCUGGCUAUCCGUUACCCACUGCGCUCCAGAGAGCUACGGACACCAUGUAACGCAGUGGUUGCUAUGGUAGUCAUCUGGGGCCUCUCUCUGGUCUUUGCCGGCCCCUAUCUCAGCUACUACGACCUGAUCGACUACGCAAACAGCACUGUGUGCAUCCCCGGCUGGGAGGAACAAAACCGGAAGGUCCUGGACACGUGUACCUUCCUUGUUGGUUACGUCAUCCCCGUGCUGAUCGUGAGCCUUUCAUACACACGAACAAUCAAAUAUCUGUGGACAGCUGUGGACCCUCUGGAUGGGAUGUCAGAAUCCAAGAGGGCCAAACGGAAAGUCACCAAAAUGAUCAUAAUCGUCACUGUGCUUUUCUGCAUCUGCUGGCUGCCGUACCACGUGGUGAUCCUGUGCUACCUUUAUGGAGACUUCCCCUUCAAUCAGACUACGUAUGCAUUCAGGCUUCUGUCUCACUGCAUGGCAUACGCCAACUCCUGCGUCAACCCCAUUGUGUACGCUCUGGUGUCCAAGCAUUUUCGGAAAGGCUUCAAGAAGGUGUUUAGCUGCAUCCUGAGUAAAAAAGGCAGAAAUAAGGUGCACGUGGUGCAUGUGGCUAAUACUGUGCCAGGGUUUGAAGCUGGUUCCACAGAGGUGUCUCAAGUGAAUGAGGAGAAUAUACGGCAGAAUGAAUGUGAGAUGAUAAACAGGCCCAUAGCAGAGCCAAGAGAACCAACGGUGACUCUCAAUCUGCCCUUUCAGCGGCAGACGUGACAAGUGAUUCAGACUGACAGCAGAUUGCCUAUUUAAAAGAUGCUGCAGCUGAUAUUUUAAAAAAUGUGCAAAUUUGUGAUCACAGUAUUAACACAUUUAGAGGCAAAUAUGAAAGGAGAUCAAAUAUUCUUGCACAGACAUAGAGUGUUAAGAAGUAAA